CUUGAAAAGAGAGCAAGUUUCGCUUUCAGCUGUGGAAUGAGGAAGAGGCAUAAAGUGGAAGCUACUCCAAAGUAGCACAGAGUCUCUGCCCAAAUUACAGAUGGAGGGAAGAAAGCUCUGUUGUGGAGACUCUAACGUUGUGAUCCCGGAAGCAGCAUCAGUACAUGUUGGAUGUCCCUGAUUAUGGACGCUGACAUGCAAAAAGCAUGUUUGUCCAGGAGCUUGUGUUAAAACAACGGACAGAGAUACUGCAUGCACUGUGCAGCAGCGGGUCAGCUGAACAUGUGGAGCGGGUUCUCGACAUACUGCUGGCCCAGGGGGAGCUCAUAUGGGAGGACUACCAGAACAUACAAGUACCGGGUAGGGCACUGUAUACCAAUGCCAGACAUUUGCUUGAUCUGGUUUAUACAAAGGGUGUGGACACCUGUCGGCUCUUCCUUGGUGCUCUCAAACAGGUCCUGCCUGAAGAGCAGGGAGCUAGCAUCUCAUUUGCAGGAUGCUGUUCUUUAGAAGAAAAAGAAGAAAACCAGAGCACAUCUACUCAGACUCUUGUGACUCAAAGACCAAGCCUGGUCAGCAAGCUACAAGGCUGCAUUGAUGGUGCUCUAAAAGCUCUCGUCAUAUCAGGACACUUCACCUCAGCAGACAGUGAAGAAGUGCGACUACCUAUACACACCCCCUCUCAGCAGGCAAGGCGUUUGCUUGACCAUGUCAGAUCAAAAGGAGAAUCAGCGGCGAAGGUUGUACUGCAGUACCUUCAGCAAGAACAGGAAUCUAGAUCCCCACCGAACCAGGAUAAAUUGACUCCUUCCAAAGAGUUCUUAAAGUAUCAGAAGAAGCUCAGCAGUUCUGUGUCUGCUCAGUCCUGCUUUCUCAGUACUUAUGGAGGGACCAGCCACAUGUGUCUGGAUGACAUCUACACUGAAGGCCAGCUGGAACUAGCUCAUGACUGUGUUGAUGUCAGUGGACCUUUGACCCUGGAGAACAUAGUUGGUACGACAGGUACGGUGAACGAGGAGGCCGACACAGUGUUAGUGUCUGGGGAGGCAGGCAAUGGGAAGAGCACCUUACUCCAGAAGCUGCACUUGCUUUGGGCUCGGGGGACAGCCCUGCAGGACUUUCUCCUUCUGUUUCCAUUCAGCUGUCGCAGGUUGAACUCAGAGCACAGGGAACUGUCUGUCCAAGAAUUGCUGUUUCAGCACUGCUGCUGGCCAGACAGGGAGCAGGAGGAGAUUUUCCAGUUCAUCCUGGACCACCCACAUCUCAUCCUCUUCACUUUUGAUGGCCUGGAUGAGCUCAAGCAGAGCUUUUCAGAUGAGCACAGGCACUGCUGCCCCACCCAGCGUGCACCUGUUCACAUACUACUGUUCAACUUAAUCCAGGGUUCCCUAAUGAAGGGAGUGCUGAAAGUGGUAACUAGUCGCCCAGAGGCAGUGGGCCCUGUGUUGAAGAAACACCUUCGCAAAGAGGUCCUCCUGAAUGGCUUUUCCCCAAGUGGGAUUGACUGUUUUGUGAGGAAGCAUCACAGUGACCCCACUGUGGCUGCUAAGGUUUUGGAGUCCCUACAGACAAACACAGCUUUACUUGGACUCUGUCAUAGUCCAGUCCUCUGCUGGAUUGUCUCACAGUGCCAUAAGGAGCUGCUAGGCUGUGGAGAGGGCAGCCCACAAACAAUCACAGACGUUUACUUAAUGAUCUUACAGCACUUUUUCCAGCACCAACACCCCCUGAAGAGCACUGUGGGGCUAGGUUGGCUUCAGGAGCACUUACAAACAGUCUUGCAUCUUGGGCAGCUUGCAUUUGAGGGGAUAGGAACCACUUGUUACAUCUUCUCAGGUACAGACCUGGAGACAUGUGGUGUAACUGAAAAGGAUAUCUGCAUGGGGUUUCUCAUACAAAGCAAAGACAUGUCCUCCACCCACAGUAAAUGCUAUGAAUUCCUUCAUGUGACUAUGCAGUGUUUCUUUGCUGCUCUGUACAUUGUUUUGUCGAAGAACACCGACCGUUCAACUAUCCCAAAACUCUUUGAGCCGAAGGACAUGAGGGAGACAGGUGGGAGCAGCACAUGCUUCAGGGCCUGCUUGCCUUCCACUGCCCAACAAGAGCAGGUUUUAGAGGGGGACGCUACAGCAGCUGAAACACCAAAUCUGCAAAUCAUAGCCACCUUUGUGUCUGGACUACUGUCCCAGCGCCAUCGAAGCCUUUGGCUCCACUGCUGCCCCAGUGCUGUGAUGGAGAAGAGGGUCAGACAGGUGGUGAGAUGCCUGUCCAAAGGCAUGCAGAAACACUUUAAGUCCAUCCCUCAACCUGUAGAGGGGGAGAAGAAGAGCAUGCAUGCAAUGCCAGGCUUUGUCUGGCUUAUCAAAUGCAUCUAUGAGAUGCAGGAGAGCAGGAUUGCUAAAGAUGCCAUGAGUAAGCUGGAGGUGGACCACUUGAAACUGACCUACUGUAACAUUGGUCCUGUAGAAUGCACUGCACUAGCCUAUGUGCUCCAGCAUUUAAGGAAUCCUGUAGGCCUCCAGCUGGACAACAACUCUGUAGGCGAUGUUGGAGUGGAGCAGCUUCUUCCAUGCAUGCACAUUUGUAAUUCUCUGUAUCUUAGGAAUAAUAACAUUACAGAUGAAGGGAUCCGCAAACUGAUUGCUAAAGGUAUCCAGUGUGACAACUUCCGGAAAAUUGCGCUCUUCAACAACAAGCUAACUGAUGCUUGCACGCAGCACUUUUCUCACCUUCUGAAGACCAAGCAGGAUUUCCUUUCUCUAAGGCUUGGCAACAAUAAUAUAACAGCAGAAGGAGCAAAGCAGCUGGCAGAGGGACUGAAAUGCAAUCAUUCACUUCAGUAUUUAGGGCUUUGGGGCAAUAAGAUAGGUGAUGCAGGAGCAGAGGCCCUUGCCAGAGCCCUAGAGAGCAGCAAAACUCUGUUGUGGCUUAGCCUGGUAGGCAAUGGUGUAGGGAGUACAGGAGCGUGUGCCCUUGCCAACAUUAUCAAGAACAGUACUUCACUGAAGGAACUUUGGUUGACAGAGAACUGCAUAACCAGAACAGGAGUGGAAUGUCUGAUUCAAGCCCUAGAACACAACACUCAUGUGGAAUCAAUAUGGUUGAGAAACAAUGACCUCAGUUUAGAGGAAGUAGAGGAGAUGACACAACGCGAAUCAAGACUGAUCUUCUGAUUUUGUAUUAAGUGGCUAAGGACUGUAUAUUGCUUUAAGACCAGUGUUAUUUAUUACAUAAAAUAUUUUAUAUUAAAAUAAAAAAUGUAAGUGUCUAAAGUGUAUCUGAUUAGAUGAUCAAUAUGUCACUUUUCAGGGUUCAUCCAAAUACACACAAUAUAUCCACCAUUAUUUUGGGUUUCUUUUGUGGUGUAGGUGGUGAUAAGAUCACAUAACAACAUACCGCCACCACCACCACUAUUACUACUACUAUUACUAAUAAUGAUACAGUUCAUACAAACUGUUUGUCUAAAAACAAGAAGUUUGUCUCUACUGAAAAUAAGUUGCUUGUAGUCACAGAUGGAAAGUAACUAAACAAAUUCACUCAAGUUACUUAAGUACAGUUUUGAGGUACUUGAACCUUUCUGGAGUAUUUCAAUUUUAUGAGGACAAUUGUAUGUUUUUUGGCACUUCAUUUAUUUGACAGCUAUAGUUACUAGUUUCAGAUUAAAAUGUUAAUCCAAAAAUACAGUAUGUGGUCGAUAUGAUCAUCUUAGAAAAUAUGACACAAUGAUGUAUUUUAAACCUCUCAACAGUAUAUAAAGUAGUAGUACAUAGUGGAUGCAUCAAGAUGUUUGUUUGUAGUACCAAAACUUUCAGUGUUCGUACUACUUGAUCUGAGUGCUCUUUUGAUACAGUUGAUCGCAAUAUUCUUUUAAAUAGACUGAGAAAUCACAUUGGACUGUCAGGAACUGUUUUAACUGUUUUUUCUGUUGCUGUUGAUAAUAACAUCUCCAUAACCUCCAAAAUAACAUGCAGGGUUCCCCAAGGAUUGAUUUUAUUGCCACUUCUUUUUAAUCUGUACACGUAUGUUACCCCUCGGUGAUGUCAUCAGGAGACACAGCAUCUCUUUCCAUUUUUAUGCCGAUGACACACAACUUUAUGUGGCCGUGUCUCCUGAUGACACAGGACCAAUCAAUUCCCUUUUUAAAUGUAUUUUAGAUAUUAAUGUAUGUACAAAACUUUUUACAGCUCAACCAGGACAAAACUGAAAAUUUAGUCAUAGGUUUGAAAGCUCAGUGUGAGAAACUGGUCGGAAAAUUAAAUUCCAUUGGACUUACCCCAAGCCAACAAGCAAAAAGACUUGCCAUGGUCUUUGACUCAGACCUGAACUUCAAAGCUCAUGUGGGGUUUGUCACCAAAUCUGCUUUUUAUCACCUUAAGAAUAUCACAAAGUGCGAUCAUUUCUCUCUCUGAGUGACACAGGGAAACCAAUGCACGGUUUUAUAUCGAGCAGGCUGGACUACUGUAAUGCUCUCUUUGUUUACUUUAUUUUAUUCUCUUAUUUUAUUGUAUUUAUGUUGUAAAAAUGUUACUUUAUCUCUUAUUUUAUUAUUAUUCAUUGUUUUUAUCCCUAUUAUCGAUUUGAAAGGUUUUUUAUUUUUGUUGUGUCUUUUUAAAUAUUUUAUCCAGUUUUCAGUCUAGCUUAUAUCUAAUUAUAUUUUAUUAUUGCAGCUUUUAAUCUUCUUCUCAUUGUCAUCAUUUUUAUCUUUGUUCUGUCUUUUGAUCUAUUUUAUUUCACUCUAUUACGGUCUUAUUAUUUGCUUGUCAGUCAUCUGUGCAGCACUUUGAACUGCACUAACCUAAAGUUUGAUUGAUAGCUCUACCUCAACCAGCUGCAACAUUGAAAUGCUUCAUACAUAUGAAUGCAUCAUUAAUAACAAUCCAAUAAUAUGAUAUAUAGCACAUUAUAUAAUAUAUAACACUGAAAGGAGCCAAUUCUGCAUAUUGAGAAAUUUGACUUUUGAUUUAAAACACAUUAUGUUGAUAAUAAUACUUCUCUAUAUGUCUAUUAAUUGAGUGCUUAUCUGUUAUAAAGUAUUUUUUAAUGAU